CCUGUUCUGUCUUUUCAUAACUCUGCGUAAAACCACAUUUCUCAGAAUAAGUUUCCACCACUGACAGAGCAACAUCUAGCUUUCACAAGACUUGAUAUGAACAUUACAUUAAUUCAACUUCUUCUUCAAAUACUUGGAAACUCACUGACUUUCACCUCUACCCUGAUGGGGAACCGAAAAGCACAGUAAUAACCAAAAUAAUGAACAAUGCAUUUAUUACAAUUCUAGCAUAACAUCUCGGGAGCUGAUGUGAGCAAAUCUCUAAAAUCUUUAAGAGCAUAUUUACCUAACAAACAUCAUGGAGAACACAACCCUAUUGCACACAGAUUUCCAGCGCUAUCUCUUCACACCCAUCUACAGUCUGGUCCUGUUUUUUGGAUUGAUUGGAAAUCUCGGAGCUUUGUAUUACUUCAUCUUUAAAAUCAAACAGAAGUCUCCUUCCAACAUAUACAUCAUCAACCUAGCGGUGGCCGACACGCUUUUCUUGUUCGCCUUGCCAUUUCGUAUCCACUACCACCUCAAUGACAGCAUAUGGAUAUUCGGCGAUGCCAUGUGUCGCAUCACCGGCACGAUCUUCUUCGCCAACAUCUACAUCAGCAUCAGCUUCAUGACCUGCAUCUGCGUGGACCGCUACAUCGCCACCCUCCACCCUCACACCUACCUGCAGCUUCGCAACACCAAUCUCACAGCUCUGGUGAGCACCGCCGUGUGGCUGGUCUCCGGGUCGGCCGUGUUGGCCUUCAUGCUAACAUGCCCACUAUCAAGCAAAGGGAACAUGUGCUUUGAAGGCUUCACUAAAGAGGAGUGGAGCGACUUGGCCCCGUACAGCAUAUGCAGUCUCAUUUUUGGAUCCCUUGUGCCCUCUGUGGUCAUCCUGGUGUGCUACCCCAUUGUGGCCCGUCGCAUCGCCCGGAUCAACAACUCCACCGCCCGCGGGGCACGGCGCAUCAUCUACGCCAUCCUGGUCAUCACAAUUCUGUGUUUUCUCCCUUAUCAUGUCGUGCAUCUAGCCUACCUCUUGUCUCGCUUGAGAGACAUCAAAGAGGAUGACGGGAUUUACUUCCUCCGUAGGGUGACCAUGGCUCUGGUCAGUCUAAACAGCCUCCUGGACCCGCUGUUGUACUACUUUGCUACGGGUCACUACAAAUGGAGACUCAAAAGACUGAGGCUGAAGAAGAAAAAGGGUGUUUAUUCCAUUUCCAAUGGCUUUUGAUGACUUUGUUUCAGCUGAACUAUUUUAGUUAAAAGGCGUAAAAGAAAGGCAAGACGGCACAUAAAAUUCAUCUUUAAUGCCAAAAAAAACCUGCAAUACAGAAAAAUGGACUCCAGUGUGGCUUGAUGAGUUAGGUUUUUUUCCUCAUAUGAUUGUAUAACUAGAGCAAAAUCAAAUGAGAAUGACUGUAAUUUUUAUUACAUAAGAGCAAACCUAUUCAUAGACUGAUAAACUGGCCAGUAUUUGGCUUUUUUGUAAUGAUCUUGGUUCUGAAUGUUCAUGUAAUUUUUUUUGUUUUAAUUUUGUUUCUCAUUUCUUAUCAAUGAAUUAUUGCAUAUACCGAUGUCAGUAUCAUCCCUGCAUUUUGUUUCAAAUUCUGAACACUGACCACUUUAUGUUGAAUUUUUAUCUAAAGCCAAGCAAUAAAUAUAUUUUCACAAAUGACAGCCUUCUCGAUCAAUUUUACUAAAAAAAAAAAAAUCUUUAUUUUUUUUAACCAAAGA